AAAUGAAUACCUAAAAUUACAACAAGAACAACAAAAUAACAGAGAUGAAGGACCAUCAAUAAUAACUGAAUAUAACCAAGACCCUAUAGAAAUAGGAAUAAACCAAGAAUCAAACUCACCAUACUUAAGACCA